AUGAGGUUUUCUAUUUUCCACUGCUUUCUAUGGGCCCUUGGAUUAAUACAGUUUGGAGAUGCUCAAGUCAGAUUUCGGAAUCCAUGGAUUAACGUUGUCCGCCGGCAUUCCUGUUCGAUUGUGGAGUGUAAUUUUGGAGAGACAUGUGACCUUUCCUAUCAGAACUGCCGCGAGUCUGGACCGUGUUUUCUAAAGGAGCCCUCCUGUCUCACUGUCUUCAACCUUCCUCGAGAUGGAACCUGCCCAGAUCCCCGACUGAACAUGAUCCAGCAGUUUUCAGUCGACUGUUUUGACGAUGCCGGAUGUGACGCACCACAGAUUUGUUGCCAUAGUUUUACCGGAAGUUACUGCUGGUUUCCCAGGACUCGACAAACGGUUCGCUCUUUAAUCCCAAGAUUUACUAACAGAAGUGUACAGAGAAUUUCAGAGAACGGUACAUUUGUGGAAACCCCACGUGACGAUGGUGAUUUUUUCCCGCCAGAACCACGCUUCAUUGGAAAUCUGCCAGUUUUCCAAGAACGGCGGGGGGAAACUAACGGCAAUGAUAAUACUGUGUUUAUAUUUAGAGAUCCCCAGUUAUCAAACGAGAGGAUCCUCUCUGCUGGGGGUAGGGGACAAGACAACAACUUCCUAGGGAACCAGUCACCAGAUAAUCGACUAAUAUCAGCUUUCCGUGACACACAGCAGGAUGUUGACUCCGGAUUUUCCGUGUUUUCUGAUCUACCAGGGUUUAUUAAUGGCGGUGCAAAUGUUUUGAACCCAAUAGAGACAAGAAUUCCAAACGAGUUUACCACUGUUCAGACCAGUAACGCAUUGAUACCAGCCACUCAAACAAACAGACAGGUUAUUCCAUUCCGUCGCCCUAAUUCAGGGCUUUCUAUUCUCCGAAACCGGAGACGGGAUUUAGGGACAAAUCUUUUCCAGGAUCAGUCUGGUGCUACUGUGUUGAUGGAGAAUCAACCCGUUGACAAUAUCAGAAGAGCUAACGUUAGAACUAGACCUAUAUUAAUUCGUCCGGGCCCCAAUUUAUGAAAUAAAUUUUGAAGGCUUGAAAUUUGAUUUAAUAAUUUUUCUUAG